AUGGUUUUAGGAGAAGGGAUACUUCAUGCAUUUCAGAUUGAGAGGUUUGGAACUGACAAAGUUGGUUUCACCUUUGAGCCGAUUCUUAAUAUAUGGUUCCUCUUUAUUGCUGUUAUUGGUCUCUACAACUUCAUAAGACAUGACCCAAGUGUAAUCAAGGCACUUAACCAAUCUUCCUUCUUCAUAGUCCAACAGUCUCUCGCACUUGGGUGUUUCCCACGAGUGAAAGUUGUUCACACUUCUUCUAAAUAUGAAGGCCAAAUAUAUGUGCUAGAGGUUAACCACAUACUCAUGUUAGCCUGCGUUGCCGUCAUACUAGGAUUUAAGACCACACUGAAGAUUGAGAAUGCUUAUGGGCUUGCUGUGGAGAUUGUUAUGACACUCACAUCUACAUUUCUUAUCCUUGUGAUGAUCAUGACAUGGAAGACAAAUUUUGCAUUGAUUAUUCUAUAUGUUGCAACCAUCUUCUUUGUGGAUUUAAUCUUUUUGAGCUCAGUCUUUGACCAAUUCGUUCAAGGGGGUUACCAUCCAGUAGCCUUCGCCGCAUUCCUCAUGUCUGUCAUAUAUGGAUACAAAGAUGUGGAAAAGGAACCGGAAUCAUUUGAAGAUGCAUUGGUGAAAGGGUUAAAAGACUUCAUUAGGGAGGAUUUUCUUAAGUUAAGAUCAUUCGAGGAUGGGAGAGUUACAGGGACUGCUGCCGAAAUUAAGGAGGAGGCAUCAAGAAUCAAUGACGAUGAGUCAGCAACAGAGGUACAAUUGGUGCAUAAUGAAUGCAAGAAAGGUGGCAUAAAAUAUAUUGUUGGUCAGAGUGAGGUGGCGGCUUCAAAGGCAUCUAAUUUGGGGAAGAAGCUGUCAUAG